AAAAAAGACCGAACUUUUGCGUUCCCUCGCAAAACUCUUUUGUACGGAAACUGUUUAAGAGCAUAUUGCACUUCGGUGUACUACGGUAAGGAGCCUCGUAACAAGACAGCCAUGGAGGAGGACUUGGAGCAUUUCCUGCAUUCUAGAGAGGUCCCUAAUGAGGACAUUAUGCGGAUGAAGAGAGACAAGGUUGACAAGGCAGCAUUGCGCAUAAUGGCGGAUGAGCAAAUGGCCAAUGACAUCAGGUCUUAUGGUGACCAGAUAGCUGUCCUGUCAUUCUGUCAACAAACAGACACUGAACAACGCAGCACCGAUAAGGAGACUCUUUUACAGAGAAUAAGAGAUGGAAUUGGGACUAGAAAAAUGAAAUCAAAAACCAAAGGAGCACUCUCUAGUGCAUCUGGUGUGUUCCAAAGGUCAGGUGACUCAAUGGCAAGACAGAGCAAUACUGCAGCAGAAAAGACCUCCAGGAAGAUUGAAAUUGGGUGGCUUCAUUAUGGCAAGCAUGAAUACCAGCAAGUCAGGACCAGGAAUGGUGGAGGCACGAGACAUGUCACUGUGGAAAAGACAGCAACUGUUGCUGAUAUUUUAGAAAAGGGAAAGGACCUAUUUUUCCCAGAUGGGUGCUCACCAAAGGGUCCAGCAUGUGACUUUACGUUUGACAUUUGUGAUUUUAAAGGAAAGAUGAUUCAGUUAGAUGACACUGUUGGCAGACUGUAUGAAAAAACAAACCUGAAGCUGCUUAGAUUUUACAUUUGCACAAAAGCAGGCGGCCCUUCAACAGGUCACUCCUUAUCUGAACUGAAUGAAUGUAGUGAAGAUUCAUUGUCUGAGGAUUUAUCUUUUAGCAUCACUGAAGGAGCAAAUUCUAAGCUGAAUGAGGGCGGAUCCCGCAUUGAUAGAGAAGGCUCAGUCACAGAGCUGCUGGAUCAUAGACAUCCAUCUGACAGUUACAAAAGAAAUCAGAUGCACCACAGAACAGCACACGGUCCACGUCAACCAGAGCCCUCUCAGUCGACCCCAACAGACCAAAGGCAGGGCACAAACAGAAGCUUUCCAGAUCCCUGGUCUGAAACCAUUGAGUUGACCAGCACAAGUCUCAGUCACUCCCUCCAAACCGAGCAUGAGCACAUCUAUCGUGUAGCUUCAGAAGACACAGAACUAGACGAGGCAGAUACAGUUCUAUGGGAUCCAGAAGAUAACCUUGGUAACGAGGAGAACGUUGUGAUAACAUAUCAUCUUGUCGACAGUGAGGAUGUCACACAAAGUCCAGAAGUGAAUGCAGUACUUAAUCAGGAGUUAUGUUUGCCUUCUGCUGAUGGCCUGACCACACUAGAUGAGCAGUCCAUCCAUGAACUAGGGCUGGCAAAAUUCAUGCAGAUUAAGCCAUCAUGAUUAAUCUGAUUAAAAAUCUUAAUGCAAUUAACCCAUUUGGAGCAUGGAAAUACUGUGAACGUGUCUGUUCAAUGCAUUUGGGUCAUUUGGGGUGUGUGCUAGUAGAGC